AUGGAAGCAGAACAUGGACAAGAAGCAAUGAUGAGCUCAGGCCAGCUGCCAGUGGGAUUUAGGUUUAUGCCAACAGAUAAGGAGUUGGUCACUCACUAUCUAAUGAACAAGGUGUUUGAUAGGCCUGUGCCAGCUGCUGAGGCAAUUCAGGACAUUGACGCAACCCAAUUCUACAGCACCCAUCCGAAGAAUCUAGUGACAUUCUCCUGUGGAGAGAGAGAGUGGUUCUUCUUUAUCCAUGAAGACGACGAAAAUUGCAGUCCAAGUGCCCAAGGAAGAAGAAAUAUUCGAGUAGUUGGAAAUGGGGUAGGGUUUUGGAAACCAAAUGGAUCAGAAAACCCUAUCCACAAUGAAGAUGGCAAUGUCUGUGCCUCCAAGAUCUUUCUCACUUACUUUUCUGGAAGUCUCAGGAAAGCAAAGAAAACACAUUGGAAAAUGGUGGAAUACCAUUUGCACUCAGACUCUCACACGGAAGAAGAGUACCAAGUGCAGAGAAGAGAAUGGGUUUUGGGCCAACUGAAAAGAGGAAAUGCUUACAAUGGUCAUUGA